AUUACAGUUAUUCAUUAUUUUUCUCUAUAAUUCGUGCUAAAUGUUAACUCCUUUCACAAAAAAUUGACAAUAGCAAAGCAUUAACAAUGGAAAAUGUUUUGAGAACCGAUACAGCAUGUAGAAUAUGUUUAGUUCAUGGCGAGGGCAUGCAAGCCUUGUUUGUUGAAGGGACUGGUAUCAUUGAACAGAUAGAAUAUUGUACUGGAAUAAGACUCCUCAAUGAACCUACCCUCCCCUCCCACAUCUGCCCCCCCUGCCUCACGCACCUCUCCAUCGCGCACUCCUUCAAGUCCACCUGCUUGUCGUCGCACCACACGCUGCACCCGCACGCUCAGACGCUGGUCAACACCGAUGUGAAGAUAGAGCAAGACGACGAUUGGGUGAAGGAGGAAAGGAAGAGUAAGAGGGUUAAGAUGAAGAAAGAGAAAGAAGACAGAAAUAAACGCCGAAAACCAUCCCAGGCCCACGAAUAUAUCUACACAGAAAACAAUCAGACCAUGUACGUCAAUAUUGGGAACAGUUUCACCGAACCGAGUAUAUCUUCAACCAGCGACAGAAUUCCUGGCGACUCGGUCUUACAUGACAAAACACCAAAGAAGAGAUCCAAAAAGGGCUCUGCUGAUGCCUCAAACUGGGAGAUCAAUAGAGUGAAGAAAGCCAGAGAAUCCGGGAGAGCAUAUUUGAGUCAAAAGCGCUUAAAAGGUGUAAAAGUCGGAUUUGAAACUAGAAAGGAGCGUAAAAUGGGACCUCCUUGCUACUCAAGCUUAUGUCGUAAAAGCGCGAAACGAAGAUGCGACAUUAUAAAAGAUAAGGAUAGAAAAUACUGCUUUAACAAGUUUUGGGGGCUAAAUUGGAUGGAUAAGAAACAAUAUAUAGUAGAUUUAGUUGAUGUUACUAACUGUAAAAAGGUGAAUGGGGAGUCUAGAAGAACGAAGACUAUCAAGUAUAAUCUGGAGGUUAAUAAUGAGUGCUGGCCAGUUUGUAAAAAGAUGUUUUUGAAUACGUUGAGUGUGGGCGAGAAGACGGUGUUGGGGUGGUUGGAGAGAGCUUGUGAGCAGGCGGCCAUUAAUAACACAAAUGAUGUUCCAGACCCAGAUCUAGACCCAGAUCCAGACCCAGACCCGCCCAGCCCAGAACCAGACAUCAAGCCCCCCAAGUGCAAGCGGACGUACAAGAAGUCCAGCGGUCGGCGACCGAAGAAAUUCAAGUUCAGGAGGUUGUGGUGUGUGGCCUGUGAGAUAAAGUUUGACUCGAAAGAAGAAAGCGAUGCUCACAGGCUUGCUAAGCACCCGGAGGAUCCUUGGAUGUGCGAGAUAUGCGGCAAAGUGUUCGCGCACCGCGGCUCCCACUACACGCACGUGCGCUCCCACCUCCCGCCCCUGCACGGCUGCGCGCACUGCGACUACAAGACCUGGCACCGCCACGACCUGGUCAAGCACCUCCGUAUCCACGCUGGUGAGUCUUCAACAUACAACUACAUUACAUGUAAACUGACAAAGUGUUUCGCGCACCGCGGCUCCCACUACACGCACGUGCGCUCCCACCUCCCCCCCCCCUGCACGGCUGCGCGCACUGCGACUACAAGACCUGGCACCGCCACGACCUGGUCAAGCACCUCCGUAUCCACGCUGGUGAGUCUUCAACAUGCAACUACAUGUAAACUGACAAAGUGUUUCGCGCACCGCGGCUCCCACUACAUGCACGUGCGCUCCCACCUCCCCCCCCCCCUGCACGGCUGCGCGCACUGCGACUACAAGACCUGGCACCGCCACGACCUGGUCAAGCACCUCCGUAUCCACGCUGUGUUUCGCGCACCGCGGCUCCCACUACACGCACGUGCGCUCCCACCUCCCCCCCCCCUGCACGGCUGCGCGCACUGCGACUACAAGACCUGGCACCGCCACGACCUGGUCAAGCACCUCCGUAUCCACGCUGGUGUGAAGCAAUACCAAUGCACGCAAUGCGCGCGGACGUUCCACACGUCCUCCAACCUGGUGUCACAUGUGCGUCGCCUGCACGACCGCGCGCGCCCGCACCAGUGCAGCCAGUGCCAGCGGCGGUUCUUCGACAAAACUAAACUGAGGCGGCACAUGGACAGCCACAACGACGUCAAACGUAACACACACGGUUCCACACAUCUAACCUGGUGUCACACGUGCGUCGCCUGCACGACCGCGCGCGCCCGCACCAGUGCAGCCAGUGCCAGCGGCGGUUCUUCGACAAAACUAAACUGCGGCGGCACAUGGACAGCCACAACGACGUCAAACGGUAACAACAACAUUACGAGUAACACACACGGCUCCACACAUCUAACCUGGUGUCACACGUGCGUCGCCUGCACGACCGCGCGCCCGCACCAGUGCAGCCAGUGCCAGCGGCGGUUCUUCGACAAAACUAAACUGAGGCGGCACAUGGACAGCCACAACGACGUCAAACGUAACACACACGGUUCCACACAUCUAACCUGGUGUCACACGUGCGUCGCCUGCACGACCGCGCGCGCCCGCACCAGUGCAGCCAGUGCCAGCGGCGGUUCUUCGACAAAACUAAACUGCGGCGGCACAUGGACAGCCACAACGACGUCAAACGGUAACAACAACAUUACGAGUAACACACACGGCUCCACACAUCUAACCUGGUGUCACACGUGCGUCGCCUGCACGACCGCGCGCCCGCACCAGUGCAGCCAGUGCCAGCGGCGGUUCUUCGACAAAACUAAACUGCGGCGGCACAUGGACAGCCACAACGACGUCAAACGAUCCAACCUGGUGUCACACGUGCGUCGCCUGCACGACCGCGCGCGCCCGCACCAGUGCAGCCAGUGCCAGCGGCGGUUCUUCGACAAAACUAAACUGAGGCGGCACAUGGACAGCCACAACGACGUCAAACGGUUUGAAUGCGAAGUGUGCCAUUCGUGUUUCACCCGGCGCUGCUACUGGAAGAAACACCUGCAGAAGAUGCACGGCAUCACGGUGCCCCCGCAGCGGCCGGGUCGGCAGAAGGUCAACUUCCUGGUGGGCCAGGAGCUCAUACAGGACACCACGCCGGAUCCGAAGUGUGGGAAGAGUGCGGGGCUGACUUACUCCCUCGCACCGCGCUCCGAGUAG